AUGUAUCUCUCCGUCUCGGCUAUGGCAGUUAGCUCUGUGCUCAUCAGGCCGAAGGAAAGUGCUGAGCACUCAGUACAUUAUGUUAGCAAAACAUUACAAGAUGUCGAGGUUCAGUACCCAGACAUUGAGAAACUAGCAUUUGCCCUUGUAGUUUCGGCUAGACGCCUCAGACCAUACUUCCAAGCUCACACCAUCCAUGUCUUAACCAACCAACCACUCAGGCAAGUGUUGCAGAAACCAGAGACUUCUGAGAGGUUGGUUAAGUGGGCCAUUGAACUUGGUGAGUUUGAUAUCCACUACAAACCCCACCCAGCUACAAAGGGCCAGGCCAUUGCUGACUUCAUUUCAGAAUUCACUGAACCCCAAGUUUCGGCUACUACCCAGAUCAUAACCGAACCCAAUCUUUCUUCGAGCUAG